ACCAGACCGGCGCAUGUAAACGCGCACACCUAUCUUCCCAUCUCAUCUCAUCCAAUAAUGGAAGAUGUAUCGGUCUACCGUCCCCACAAUCUUCUAUAUACACAGGAACCGCUAUCCAGAUAUCGCCAGGGCGGAUACCAUCCAGUGACCCUUGGUGACACUUUCAAUGAUACCCGCUACACUGUCCUCCACAAGCUAGGCUGGGGUGGAUAUUCUACGGUCUGGCUAGCACGGGACAAAAAGGACAAUCAAUGGGUUUCAAUUAAAAUCUUGACGGCUGAGAGCGGGGAUAAAUCACGCGAGCUUGUCAAUUUGCAUACACUAUCAAGUUCGUCACAGGAAGGUCUCGCCGCUCGUUACAUUGUCCGGUUACUCGAUGAGUUCACCCAUAACGGCCCAAAUGGGACCCAUAAAUGCCUGGUGUUUGAGCUUCUCGGCCCUACUGUUGUCCGCAUUGUCGAGGACUUCUAUGGAAACGACGAGAAACUCGAGCCAGAAACGAUCUUGAGGAUUUCUGAACAGCUUCUCCAAGCUACGGCCUUCAUUCACAGGGCUGGCUUGGCACAUGGAGACAUAAGCAGUAGAAACAUCGCUUUUACAUGUAGUAAUCUAUCCUACUGCGCCGACGAAGAAAGCCUCCUUAAAGUGGUCGGGACCCCAGAAGUUGAGGAGCUGGCUCGAAUCGACGGCGCACCAUUACAACAAGGCCUCCCUAACCAGCUCGUCAAGGCAGCAGAUUGGACGGAGUGGAUAGAUGAGGAUGAAGAGGAUAUCCGCCUCAUCGACUUUGGGGAGACCUUCACCCAAGGCGCAGAACCUGAACGGAUCGCGCAACCUGGAGUGCUGAGGGUGCCUGAAACGAUUUUCACGGACCGAUUUGACUACAGAAUUGAUUUGUGGCGCGUGGGAUUCGCGAUAUACUUCUUUGGAUUUGGAGGGAUGCCAUUUCAGAGUUUUUUUGGGGAUGCCAAUGAUCUGGUGGCGCAGAUGAUUAAUUUCGUCGAGGAUUUGCCUGUCGAAUGGCAGGAGAAAUACAGGGACAUGCGUUCGAAAGCCGGACGAGAGCCCCUGGAAUGUAAGCGCCUUUUUAUUGUUUUGAUCUAAAACUAUAGAGAAGAAGAUAUCCAUACGCCACUCCAAAGAGUCCAGUU